UUAAAUACUUUAAAAUUUGAAGUAACAAGCGAUCUUAAUAUCUAGAAAGAACAUCCGAUGGAUGCACCGAGGGAUCCUCUGAAAGAACCUACAAAGCCACAGGAAUUUCAACGACCCUCAGCAGAUGUCGGAGAUGGCAGUAGGGCUCCACCAAGUCGGUACAUUCAAACCACUGAGGACGAUAAGAGCACCGCUGUCGAGAAGUGCGCUGUAAUCUUCUGCUGGAUCCUGUUUGUUGUGACUUUUCCAAUUUCCCUGUUCUGUUGUCUGAAUGUAGUUCCAGAGUACACUCGAUUGAUUAUCCUUCGCCUGGGUCGCCUUAGGAAGGGUGUUCGAGGACCAGGCUUAGUAUUCGUCUUUCCUUGUAUCGAUGACGUACACAAAGUAGAUAUGCGUACUGACGUUGCUAACGUUCGGCCACAGGAUGUGCUCACGAAGGAUUCGGUGACGAUCACUGUAAAUGCAGUCGUUUACUAUUGCAUUUACAGUCCGAUCGACUCGAUCAUCCAGGUGGACGAUGCCCGGCAGGCCACUCAGCUGAUUUCCCAGGUCACUCUGCGGAAUGUCGUCGGUUCCAAGACGCUCAAUGUCUUGCUGACCUCGAGGCAGCAGCUCUCCAGGGAAAUUCAGCAUGCAGUAGCCAAGAUCACUGAACGCUGGGGAGUUCGUGUUGAGCGGGUGGAUGUCAUGGAUAUCGUAUUACCUUCCAGUUUGGAAAGAUCCUUGGCCAGCGAGGCUGAGGCUGUGAGGGAAGCGCGUGCUAAGAUUAUUUUGGCCGAAGGUGAGCUCAAAGCUUCAAAGGCCCUGAAGGAGGCCUCAGAUGUGAUGUCAGAGAACAAGAUCACAUUGCAGCUGAGGCAUCUGCAGAUCCUCUCAUCGAUUGCCACUGAACGCCGAGUUAGGAUCAUAUAUCCCAUUCCUUUGGAGAUUAUGGAGCCUUUUAUGAGUAAGAAGGAAAGUAACAAGAAGGGCAGGUGAUGAUGAUAAGAAGGAUAAUAAAAAGAAGGAUCACGUGGUGCUAACAAAGAAGCUGGGAAAGCAGAUGAAGGAGGUGCCGGAGGUAGCAAUGACACUCGAAAGGAAGGUGGCGGAGAAAGUGGAGGUUUUGGUAGAGGAAUUCUUUCUAAUUUUUUCUUUGAUGGUAAGGAUGAGGUGAGACCAACUUCAAAAGUGGAAGACCCAGAUGAACCUAGCUCGUCAAGGAGUGUCAAAGGUCCCAGUGAUGCUUUGGUGAUGGCUAAAAGUAUGGAAGAUAGUCAGAAAGUUCAGUCAGAUCAGAAAACAAUACAGAGACCUAAUUAUGUAGCCUAUGAAAUGGAAGAAGUUAAAAUGAGUCCUUCGAAAUUUGCCGAUGAAAUUGACAAUGUCGCGACGACCCCGAUGCGAAGUGCUCAGCAGCGACCAGGAGGCCUGGCGUUUAUGGACCUGCAAUCUUAUCGGGACUUCCUGCGAACUCGCUGGUAAUCAGCCGGCGGGAUGUCGGCCUCUUGGCAGCAGGACAAUGGAAGGGCCAAGCGUGAAAUGAGCAACAGUCACGUCAGCCGAUGGAGCCACAAACUUGAUUGAAGGGCAUUAUCCUCGCUCUUCAUCCACUGGCGUAGUGACAUUGACACUGCCAUUCAAUGGCCUCCAAGCGGUUUUUUGUGACACGAUAAAAAAUAGCUGAAUACUUCGUAUUUUUCACUCGCGGUGAGAAUGGAACACGGGUCUCAAUUUAUCUCUUUUAAUAAAUUGGAAGUUUU